AUGAAAGCGCCCUCGGGUAAAAACAAAAAGCAGUUCCGAGGUAUUGUGAAGCGUCAGUAUGACUCGUCCGCGUUACCUGCUCUGACUACCAAAAGAGCUGGGAUUUCACGAGCUGAAAACAGCAAGCGAUCCACAUUCCAGAUGAUGGCAGACCACGGAGACCUUUGCGACGGGCAGGAAGCCACGUACUGCAUGAACGGAGGGACUUGCUAUAAAAUACUUUCCAUGAACACACUCUCCUGUGUAUGCAAUGAAAGUUACAAAGGCAGCCGAUGUGAGCAGUUCCAACUCUUCAGCGUCAACACCAAUGCAACAGAAGCAGGGCUAAUUGCAGCCUUGGUCAUCGUUGCUCUCCUAAUCUUAGCCUUGCUGGCAGUUGUUAUCUACUUCAUGCGCAGGGUGUUGAACGCCAGGCAACAGAACCAACAGAACCAUCCGACAGAGUAUUGGAGAGUAAAACCCAGAGUAUGAUCUUCUGAUGUGUUUCUCUUUUUGCCGAGUAUUGCUGCAGACCGCAGCCACCAAACAGC